GACUCUGAGUGUGUGUGUGUGUGUGUGUGUGUGUGUGUGUGUGUGUACAGGUGAGGACGUGGCCGUGCUCAGAGAGCAGCUGUGUGACCUGUGGAGCAGGAAGGAGCUGGAGGAGCUGAGAUUACGGACCGCGUCCGGGUUCUCCCGGUUCCGCUCGCCCCUGGCCGGGCUUCUGAUGCUGCUGGACGGCUGCCCGGGUGUCCAGAAGAGCAGAUCCACCACGCUGGGUCAGUUCCUCCUCACCGAGUUUGUGCGAUGGAGACGCGGCCAGGCUCGGGUCAGCGUGAAGGAGCUGAAGGACGAGGAGGAGAAGCGGAACCUGCAGCUCCAGGCUCUAGAGCUCAUCACGGCCUCGCAGCCAGGAUACAUGGACCUCCUGCUGGAGAUCUACGAGCUGAAGAACCUGGAGAAGAACCUGCUGCUGGAGCACGUGGCCUUCCUGCAGAACAGCUGCUGCUUCAGAGAGGCGGCGUUGCUUGGCAUGAAGUUAGGACUUCAGGAAGAACUCGACAUGGAGCAAAUGUGUGUUCCUCUGAUCCUGAUGGACAAGCUGCCCCUGGCCGAGGCGUAUGUUCAGGAUCACGCUGACCUGCAGGAGCGUCUGAUCCGGCUGCUGGACUCGUGGUGCAGUCCAGACUUCAACCUGGAGGAGGUGCGCAGGCAGUUUCCUUCUUUGUCCCUUUCCAAGCACCAAACAGACCAAAUCCAGCCCAAGCUGCUCAUUAGACACGUCUUCCGGCUCAUGGAGAAAUUCAGCAUUGAUCCUGGUUUGUGUGUGAACGCUGUCUACAAGAGGAAACUCGACUCCCUGAGGUUUCUCAUGUACAAGAGGUUUGGAGAGAAGAACAUGACGGAGGAGAACUGGAGGGAUCACGUGCAGGUCACAGUGGAGGGCAGUGUGGACCUCCAGGUCGUGUUAGUGGAGCUCUUAGUGAAACACAGUGGACUGAAAGCUGCGGCUCAAUGGGCCAAACACUACAGUGUCCCGAGAGACAGACUUCCCAUCGGGGUGUGGGACACCAUGGAGACCCUCUCCUCCAGUCAGCUGGAGAUAAAUGAAGUGUGUUCUCCUCUGGACCUGUGGGUCACUCCUCCGUCUCACCAGCUCCAGUUCUACCAGCUUCCUCUGGACCAGCAGCGCGUCCACACGGUGGAGAACUCGGAGCAGCUGCAGCUCUGCAGAGACUCGGUUCUACAGGCGGGGCGUGUGGUGGGCGUGGACAUGGAGUGGAGAGCCGGAUUCGGAACGGUGAGCACGCAGCGCAUCUCGCUGAUCCAGCUGGCCGUGAAGGAGCGAGUGUUCCUGUUGGAUCUGUGUGCUCCGGGUCUCAGCCAUCACAGCCUGACCGUCAACUUCAUCCGAGCGCUGCUCACCGACACCAGCGUCCUCAAACUGGGUUAUGGGAUGUCUGGAGAUUUGAGGAGUCUGGUGGCCACAUGGCCUGAGUUAAAGGAGGAACCUCUGGAGUUUAAGGGAGUGUUGGACCUGCUCCAUGUCCAUCAGCAGCUGCAGCGGUGCUGGCGAGGGAGAACCGGGCCGAGGCCCGUGGAGGUGAACGAGGGUCCAGCGGAGAAAGGGUUGAGUCUGCUGGUGCAGCAGGUGCUCGGAAAACCGCUGGAUAAAACGGAACAGCUGUCCAACUGGGAACGCCGUCCACUUCGCACCGGACAGGUCCGCUAUGCAGCGAUAGACGCGUACUGUCUGGUGGAUGUGUAUCUGACUCUCUCUGCGGAUCCGAAGGCGUUCGGUCUUCCUGAUGAUCUGCUCUCUAUCAAGCCGAGUCCAUCGACCAAAAGUGACUCCGACAAAAAAGCUAAAGAGAAGAGGAAGCAGACGGGCCGGAGGGGUCGGCAGAGUGGCAUCGGGCGGACGGGCGAUCAGGACGAGUGUGUGAGGGGGAACGGCGAGCGACACGGAGCCUCCAUAACGCCGCAGGAGCUGCGCGUGGUGUGUGACAACAUGCUGCAGGGCCUGGGCCGGUACCUGCGCUGCGUCGGCGUCGACGUGCUGAUGCUGGAGAACACGGACGACCACAAAGUAGCAGCGCAGAUCGCUCGAAACGAAGGUCGUAUCAUCCUCACUUCCGGUCAGCCAUUUCAAACUCUCCGGUCGCAGGUCGCAGAAGGCCGCUGUCUCACUCUGGACUGUUCGGAGAAGGCUCGGGACCAGGCAGUCCGCGUCCUUAAACAUUUCAACGUCCACCUCACGCCAUCGGACAUAUUCAGUCGGUGCCAGGCGUGCAAUAAUGACGAGUACCUGAAGCUGCCGAGAGAAGACAUGACUCAGAUGAUGAACAAACGAGGCCUGAUUCAGGACACGGUGCACAAACAGGACGACUGGGAGGCUCAGUGCGACGCUCAGGUGGACUGUAACAGGUCGAGGGCCCCGGGCGGGCCGGCGUUCACUCCUCACUGCCGCUGGGCCCCUCGCUCGGCCCUCGACGCUCACUCCUUCAGGUUCAGCGGCGGCGCCGAGGUGCAGCUGGAGACGGUUCCUCCCGGUCUGCUCCCUCGCAUCCCCGAGUACUUCAUCUGCACGCGCUGUGGGAAGGUGUUCUGGGAGGGAAGCCACUUCGACCGGGCGCUCGCUCAAUUCCAGGACGUUCUCAACAUUUCGGAUGACGACACGACGGCCAGGAAGCACUGAGCGUUCCGAAGUUUGAGGGCUGUAAAAAAAAAAAAAAAAAAUCCAAUGGUCCAAUCUGGGAAAUGUUAAAUCGUGAAAUACCAGGAGGUUGUGAGUUUGAGUCCCAGGACGGCCAAAGAAUCAGUAUUGGGCCUUUAAACACUAUAAAGCGAAAAAUAUACAGAGGUGCCAAUAUUUACAGUUUCUACGGCGAUAGAGGAGAGACCUGAAAACAAAGCUGUUUUUCUUUUUCAGCUAAAUCAGCAUUUAACGCACAUUAAAUCCAUCCGAUGGAAACGCUGAUUCACUGAAGGGGAAAGGACGCCGGAUGUCGGAAGUAAAACGCAAUCGUGGCUACAUGUUUUUCGCUUUGCGCUAACUCUCUCUAGAUGAACUUUGACGAGCUUCGAGUGGGCGGGAUUGUGAUGUGUUCGGUCAUUUUUUAAAAAAUGGCGUAGCUGCUAAAUAUUAAUUAGCACUCACUCAAGACGUUGGCGAAGUUUUCGUCCUUUUUCACAGCACACGUCUGGAAAAGAAAAUUAGCUCAACAACAGCAACAUGCGUGUUUUAUAGUAAAAUUCUGAGGGGGUUUUCUUUCUGUUCCUUCUUAGAAUUAUUUGUUAGCACUGUUGGCAGCUCUGUAUUUACAAGUUCAGUGGGAAAUUCCAGAAGUGCGUGCUACGACUGACGAUGUGAGACGAAGUGCCGGCGUUCGUUAUUACACUUCCUUCAUGUACAUGAGGUGUAACUGUGUUCACUUUGUUUUCACAGGCUGGGUUUUUGUUUUUAGAUCUCACCAGCUCACGUGUAUAACAGUCUCCGGGUGUGGCUCGGUCAUGCAGCGUGCACCAGAUCAUUACUGACGCCUCCUUAUUUUAUGAAAAUGUUUUACAAGUUUUUUAAUUUCUCAUGUUUGUUUGUUUAUUUGUUUCAUACACCCUGUUGAGGGAAAAAAAAACAAUCGUAUACGAUUAAAACACAGCUUUAUGUGUAAGUUGAA